UGAGACAACACAUUGACUUUUGGCUGAAAGAACAGGCGGCAAGAUGGAUGUUUGCCGAUAUUUGAUUGUGUAUUACUUCCCGGCGUUCACCUUUUUCAAAGUGGCAGUAUGCUCUGAGGUGUCCAUUAUUGGAGGCAAAGAUGUAAAAAAACCUCAACCCUGGAUGGUGUCCGUUCAGAAGGACGAGGUCCAUGUCUGUGGAGGAAUCCUGAUUCAAAACCAAUGGGUUUUAACUGCAGCACAUUGCCAAAAAAAACCCAUUGGAUCUGUCACAGUUCUCAUAGGAUCUCUGUCUCUGAGUAAAGGCACUCAGCGUGUUGGCAUCCUCAGUUACGAGUAUCCUAAAACAUUCAACGUAAAGACUAAAGAAGACGACAUCAUGCUCAUUAAGUUAAGCAAAAAAGUGAAAUCAAAACCUAAAAAAAUCCCUAAAAAGGGACAAGACAUUCCACCUGGAACAAAAUGUGUUGUAACAGGUUGGGGAACUACUAGUUCUAACGACAUAAACCCUUCUGAUAAACUGCAAAUGUUAGAGUUGACAGUGGUGGACAGGGACCUGUGCAACUGCUACUACAAAAAUGAUCCUGUGAUCACCAAAGACAUGAUGUGUGCAGGAAGCAAGCAAGAAAAUAAAGGCAUCUGUUGGGGGGAUUCCGGUGGACCUCUGGAAUGUAAGAAAAACAUAGUUGGAGUAGUAUCAGGGACAAAAGAGUGUGGUAAUCCCAAAACACCAACUGUGUUCACUCUUCUCUCCCCAAAACACAUCCACUGGAUCAAUACCAUACUGAAAAAGCAAUUCAACAGCACAACCUUUUAAGAAGCUAAACAUUUCAAGCAUGCAUACUGUUAGUUUAGA